AUGUACGAGGAGUUUUUACAUCUCCAGCAGGGCUCAUCUUCUGUGGUGGAGUACCACAAGCGCUUCUUGGAGCUUGCCUGCUUUGCAAGGAUGCUAGUCCCCACCGAGCUUGCGAAGGUUGAGAAGUUCGUGGCUGGACUCAACUAUGAGGCCCGGAAGGCGUUGACUGUGAGCAAGCCGAGGACCUUGAAGGAGGCUUAUCUGAGCGCUACCGAUCUUUACCGGGUACAACAGUUACAGCGAGGGUCGUUUGAGCCCGCUAAGAAGAGGAAUGAAGGCGGUGGACCCCACCGUUUCAAGAAACCGAGACAAGACUUCCGAGCCAAGAACGCACCUUCCCCACCUCAAGGAUCAACCCGAGUUGAGUCUAGAGAUCAAGCCAAAACCUUUGCAUGCAGAAGGUGUGGAAAGGAUCAUGUGGGAAAGGAUUGCCAGGGAUAA